UCAAAGUCCACCAAAGCAAUUCCUCAGUAACUAGCAGCUACAAGCUUCUGCACUCAGCUUGCUUCCCUGCAGGUUUUUUUCCUUUCUUGAUUAACUUAGUGUUUCUUCCAAGCUAAUUCUAGUAGCACUCAGCUAGCUGUGAAUAGCAAGAGAAUUGUUUCUUUUCUUAGCAACACCAGGAAAAGGUUUUAGAAAUGGAUAAGGUUAGAGAUUUGGCAUCGAGGAACGCUGCAGUGAUCUUCACCAAGAGCUCAUGCUGCAUGUGCCACAGCAUCAAGACACUUUUUUAUGAACUAGGUGCAAGCCCCGCAAUUCAUGAGCUAGACCGUGAAGCCAAUGGUAAGGAAAUGGAGUGGGCUUUACGUGGGCUAGGGUGCAACCCCACCGUCCCAGCUGUCUUCAUAGGUGGAAAAUGGGUAGGAUCAGCCAAAGAUGUGCUAUCCCUGCACCUGGAUGGCUCUUUGAAACAAAUGCUCAUGGAAGCCAAGGCAAUCUGGUUCUAGCUAUAGUACCUCUCAAAUAAGCCACAAAGUACUUUAGUUUAACGCUGUAUGAUAUGGAAAUAGCUCUUAUGCUAUGUUGAAAACAAUGUUGUCUUUAAGGGCUUUGCUUUUUCUUGAGUUCCCUGACUACAUUGUAUAAAAAAACGUAAUAUUAUGAUAAAAAAUCCUGAAGAUCAGUUUUCAGGGGGGUGUUUAAGAUUUCAA